GCCCAGCCCCGGCCGAUCCCCGCCCACCGCUCCCCACCCUCUGCAGGACGCGCCCCUCCAGCCCGCCCCAGCCCUUCGCAGGAGGGGAGGCGGGAAAAGAGCGAAAGCCUCUCCCACCGCCCUGCCCCCAGCCCCGCCACUCCCAGGCUGCUUCGGACUCGGCUCGUCCUCCUGGGAUUGUCUCGGGGGGAACCGCGCGCUGCAGACACCAUGGAGGUGGUGCUGGUCUUUCUGUGCAGCCUGCUGGCCCCCGCGGUCCUGGCCAGUGCAGCUGAGCAGGAGAAAGAAAAGGACCCUUUCCAUUAUGACUACCAGACCCUGAGGAUUGGGGGAUUGGUGUUCGCUGUGGUCCUCUUCUCCCUGGGGAUCCUGCUCAUCCUAAGUCGCAGAUGCAAGUGCAGUUUCAAUCAGAAGCCCCGGGCUCCAGGGGACGAGGAGGCCCAAGUGGGAAACCUCAUCACUGCAAAUGCAACAGAGCCCCAGAAAGCAGAGAACUGAAGUGCAGCCCUCAGGUGGGAAGCCUCCAGAACCUGAAGGCAGCUGCUUGAACCUUUAGAUGCAAACCGCCACUACAGCAACAGGUCUUUCCCCAGGAGAAGCCAAGACUUGCGUGUCCCCCCGCCCCCUCCCCAUCCCUCGAACACCAGUCCUCAAUGCAGUGAUGCAACUAACACCCGCCUCCCCACCUGCAGCCUGCGUUCUCGUCCCCUCUUGUGACGUGUCUGUGUGUGUGUGUGUGUGUGUGUGAGAUGACUGUGGUCUUCGCGGCUGCUUGUCUGUGAGUGACGUUGUGUUUUAGUGAACCUGGACUCACUUUCCUGGGCAGGAGCUGAGCCACGUCACCAUCAGCUCGUGCCUGCUCCCCUGCGGCCCCAUCACUUCCUGCUCCUGAGAGUCUGCUUUUUCCCUGAGACACCAGUCCCUUCUCUUGAUUUAGGGGUGGGUGUAAGGGCAGG